AUGCAAAAGCAUAUUGUUGCGAUACCCCCGAACAACUUUACUUCGGCUACUUAUCAUCGCUGGAGAACUAUCGGCGGACGGAUACUCUUUAUAAUGCACGAAGGUCCGUAUGGAGAAGAGGAGCUGGUGGUGUGGUCAGGGAAGCUCCUACCCAACAGCUUCAACCUAAGCUGUGCUACGUGUGUCGCCGUCAGGGUCACGAGGCGCGUGACUGCAGGUUGCAGCAACGCUGCGAUACAUGUCGGCGUAUUGGUCAUAAGGCUGCUACGUGCUGGUUUGCACCGGGAGCACAGGGACCACAUACGCAAAAGGUUGGUAACGUUC